GAACCAGUUCGCGAAGAAUUUAUUUCGCCAGUCUUUAUGUUUACAUUCGAAAAAGACGAGACCUGACCAAGCCCAAUCCAUACGAAGCCAAUGAAAUAUGUGGAGGGUCGCAAGUGCAAUAUCCUAGUGCGAAGGCAAGGAGGCGGAUAUGGCCUCCGAAGAAAGUACGCAGGUGGACGCCCUGACGAUGGAGCCCAUCUCCAGAUUGAGCAUGCUGCUCACUGGGGUCUCCAUUCUCUGGAGAUUCGUUUCCAUCUUCAUCAAUUGGAGCCUGGCCUACGAGUACUGGCUGGAGGAGUCGUACGGAUACUGCGCGUGGACCGUGGGCUCGAUCCUGGUGCCCAUGACGGUCACUUCGGUGAUAUAUAUACACACUUUAAAAGCCGCUCAUGGGGGAGAAAAACGCAUCCUGGAAAGGGGAGUCUACUCAAACGUGGUGAUCUCGUACCUUUUUCGCGAUGUCUACGCUCUGAACUAUGCCAUUAAGUAUGCGGAGGCCAAAAGGCGGGAUGAUCACCAGGAGGAGAUCAGAUAUUAUCAAAAACUUACGACGGAGGAGUGCAAUGUCAGCUUUGUCCGGCUUUUCGAUUCAUUUUUGGAGUCUGCACCGCAGAAAAUAUUACAACUUGUUAUAGUAUUGCGAUCUAUACAUGAUUUUACAUACUACCGCCUGAUUGCCUUCGUCGUCUACUUCGGCAACAUAGCGUGGUGCAUCCAGGCGUACAACCACUCCAAUCGCCUGGUGCAGUUGGACAAGCAUGACAUUGCGGCCAAGGGAAGGUCCCUGCAAUUCCUCUUCCUCCUCUGCCUCACUGUUUCGAGAACGCUUUUCAUCGCCUAUGUGGCCAGUCUCUUUCCCAUCGAAACGCUGAUCAUCUGUGCGGCGCACGCUUACCUCUGUGGCACCAUUGUAUUCUUUGUGGACUCCCCCACGAUUGCCGAGUCCCGCUUCAUGAACUACCUGUACUGCCUUUGCUUUGGCGUAGUCUACUUGUUUAUUUUCACACCCGUCAAGGAUGCACCCACCAAGUAUAAAUACGUAAUCUAUCUAUCGCUCUGCCUGUUGCAAAACACACUCGCCUGCAUCCUGUACAUUCCCCUGUAUCUCGCCAUCGCCAUUAUUGCCUUGUAUGUGGUGGGAAUCCUGCUUAUAGUGUUCUACUACACCAACUGCCAUCCCAAUACCAUACCUACUUAUUUUUAGAGCAGUGUAAUCUAUAUAUAAUAAACGUUUUUUGAUGUUUUUUGA